AUGAACGGAGCCGUAGAAGCAGCCAACAAGAAUAUCAAGAGGAUAUUGAGGAAAAUGAUUGAUAAUCAUAAGGGUUGGCACGAGCAGUUGCCUUAUGCUCUACUAGGAUACUGUACUAUGGCCAGGACUUCGACAGGAGCAACUCCAUACCUUCUGGUCUACGGAACCGAAGCGGUCAUACCCGCCGAAGUUGAGAUACUUUCCCUAAGAAUCAUUCAGGAACCCAAAUUAGACGAUGCUGAAUGGGUUCGAGCUCGAUAUGACCAAUUGGCCUUAAUUGAUGAGAAAAGGAUGGUUGCUGUAUGUCAUGGACAAUUGUACCGGCAAAGAAUGGCAAGAGCUUUCAACAAACGAGUCAGAACCAGACUUUUUCAGAUCGAGCAACUAGUGCUUAAAAGGAUUUUUCCACAUCAAGAUGAAUAUAAAGGGAAGUUUGCUCCCAAUUGGCUAGGGCCUUACGUGAUCUGCAAAGUACUCUCCGAAGGAGCGGUAGUAUUGGCAGAAAUAGACGGUCAAGAGUCGCCGAAACAGAUCAACUCAGAUGCAAUCAAGCGCUACUAUGCAUGA